AUGAAGGCGCUCAUGGAGAAGGAAAAAGCGUACCUCGUCCACGGUGGCGACUGCAAUGUCACGACGCGCUUUGUGGCGCCGUCUCUCUUCAACUACAAGGACGACAUGGCGGCCUUUAAUGCGAGCGCGCUCAUGGACGACGAGCUCUUUGGUCCGCUGCUGCCGAUUGUUUACUACAGCGACUUUGCCGCAGUCCUUGAAACCAUUCGGUUCAAGCCCAAGCCACUGGCGCUCUACGUCUUUAGCCGCAACGAAGACCGUAUCCAAGCAGCGCUACAGCACACGUCGUCGGGCAGCGUCGUCAUCAACGACUGCGUCAUGCAGAUGGGCAACUUGAAUCUGCCGUUCGGCGGCGUCGGCGGCUCGGGGCUCGGGACGUACCACGGACAGCGCUCGUUCACGACGUUCAGCCACACGAAAGCGGUGUUGCGCAAGUACUUUUGGCUCGACUUGCCGCAGCGCUACAUGCCCUACACGCGUCUCUCAACCGUCAUUGUCCGCGCCGUCAUGACGCCACUGCCACGGACGCUGCUGCGGCGGUCCAUGGCGCUGUUUGCGAUGCUCUCGCUCAUGUGGCUGCGUCGUCCGCGCGUUCUGACUCUCGUGACGCGUCUUUUGCAGGUCCUCCGCGAGGCAUGA